ACCCUUUAACCCAUUUUAACCCUUUACCUAUGUAAUUAAAGCACCCAAACAGAGUCGCAUAUUUGUGGAUAAUCUCUUCCUUGUAUCUGUCUGCCUCGGUGCUUCUGCAAAUGUCUACUUCUCCACUCUCCAACUCCUGCAGGAUGAAUCUUGUAUGUUUAAAUACCCAUUUACCCGGACUGCAGAAAGGCAUGUUGUCUGUCUCCUUUUCUCAAAGUUGUAGUUUUAAGCUUUGCUUUCCUAUCAAUGGUUUGUGUUCAAGGUGUUGUGUUGUCUCGGCUACCUCAUCCAAAUUGCCCCAAAACAAAGGACUUAGUUCAAAUCUUGCUUCCCAAAGCAGGUACACAGAUUUAAAGGAUAACGUGCCUAGCAGUCUAAAUAUUCUGGAGGAGCAGCUGAGGGAUUUAUUUAAUGAAGUCCAAGCCCUGAUAAGAAUAGGGAAGGAAAAUGAGGCCAGAGAUCUGCUUCUAGCAAAUUUUGAAGCUGUCAAAGAACAGAUGGAUGCAGGUAACAAGGGUAUAGAAGAAGCUGCUAUUCUUGAUGUAACAGCCUUGGGGUACAUGGCCCUCGGAGACAUAAGGACUGUCAAACCCCUGCUGGAUAUGUUGAGCGAGAUUGUUGGUGACUUGAAAGAUGAGGAGCCUCUUCUGGACUCGAUACUCACACAUAUGGGUAAUAUGUAUGAAAAGUUGGAAAAUUUUGAGAUGUCCAUUUGUCUGUAUGGAAGAGCUGUGAAGGUUAUUGAGAAAUUAUAUGGAAAUACCAGUUCUUUUAUCGUCACUCCAUUGUUAGGAAUGGCAAAAGUUCUGAGUUCUAAUGGAAAGACCAAAAACGCAAAAGAAACGUAUCAUCGCGUGGUUAAAAUACUCGAAUCUAGCAGGGGCGAAGAAAGUGAGGAACUGGUAGUGCCUUUAUUUGGCAUGGGCAAUCUUCUUCUGAAGGAAGGGAGAGUGACUGAUGCAGAAAAUGCUUUUAAUAGAAUUUUGACCACGUACAUGAAGUUAUAUGGAGAAAAUGAUGGCAGAGUUGGAUUGUCUAUGAGUUAUCUUGCACGUGUGAAAUGUGCGAAAGGAGAUGUGAAUGAAGCCAUUGAUCUGUAUAAGGAGGCUCUACGUAGGCUGAAGGAUUCUGAUUAUAUAACCAUAGAUGAUCAAAUAAUGGAGAAGAUGAGAGUAGACUUGGCUGAAUUACUUCAUAUGGUUGGAAGAGGUGAAGAAGGCCGCACUCUCCUAGAGGAGUGCUUGUUGAUAACUGAGAAGUUCAAGGGAGAAGGGCAUCCCAAUUCAGUGUCUCAUCUAGUGAAUCUAGCCACUUCUUAUUCACAGUCCAAACUUUUUGCAGAAGCUGAGCGCUUGCUAAGGAUGAGUUUGCAGAUUAUGUUUAAGAAUGUAUCACCUGAUGAUCAAUCAAUUACUUUCCCAAUGCUGCAUCUUGCAGUUACUCUCUACAAUCUAAACCGUAAUGAGGAAGCCGAAAAAUAUGCAUUAGAGGUUCUGCAAAUCCGCGAGAGGGCAUUUGGAAAAGAUUCUCAGCCAGUUGGGGAGGCUCUUGACUGCUUGGUCUCCAUUCAGACCCGGCUUGGAAAGGAUGAUGGUGAAUUGCUGGACUUGCUCCAGAGGGUACUGAAAAUUCAAGAGAAAGCUUUUGGUACUGACAGUGAGGAAGUCAUGGAAACAAUGAAAAAAGUUGUAUAUUACUUGGAGAAAAUGGGGAGGAAACAUGAGAGACUUCCUCUGCAAAGAAGAUUAUCAAAGCUCAGAACUAAAUAUAAGCAAAUGGUUCAAUAUUAAAGAUCCUACAAGGUAGCAUGUUUGAUGAGUAAUUGCUUUCAUGCCAUUAACUGUCUCGGUAUGAAAGAGACACUGGAGUAUAGCACAAGAUCGGGUUUUCUUGCUGCCAUGGUGAGCAAGGUAGGCAGACAAAACUAACAAAGAUAAAUGACAGGCAUAUGAAAGAAAUUCUUCUUAGCUACAUCUGUUCAAGAGUGUAAGUGAUAUUUCAGAGAACUUUCAGAAUCAGAUACGAAAGUUAAGGGGACAGCAUUGUUGACAAAUGAAUACUACCAAAAGGUAUCGUAUUAGGUUAUUGAUGCAUCUUUUGAAGUGGAAAAGCAUUCUUUACCAAAUAUUCUUAGUGCUAAUUAGCUUCGUAAUAUCAAUAGUUCCAUGGUUAUUAAUGGUGCUGAGUACUUAAACAAUUAAAAAAGAUGGUUGCUGCAGUGUUGUCCUUUCAUAAAUUUACCUCCUUGUUUCAUUGUUUUCUCUUUUCCUUUCCUUUCAUGCUGUACCUUUUCUGUUCAUCCAUCUUCUUCGAGCGUUGAAGCUUUGCUGCACAGAACACUAUCUACUAAUCCUGCUACCCCGUUGCUUCUAAUAUGUGUGGAGAUGCAUUCAAGAGGUCGACCCAAAUGGGACAUUGUCUGCAAUUCAACUACAAUCUGAUUGACUACAACGUGAAACAUAAUUGUACACUGGAAAGUGAUAGCAAGUUUGAUCGUCUGUGGUGAUGAAAAAUGUUAUUGCUGACUCCCUUCACUUGAGACAGUUCCAUUGAGCUACUUAGUUGAAAUAACAUUGGUGGUGCAUAGAGAAUCUUCAGAGACUACAGCUGCAAGUCCGCAAGACAACUGGCUAGUCUGAAGGUUGAAGAAGCACAUACUCUUUUCAAUGUAGAGGGAAAUUCAGAUGGUGCUCCAGCUGCAAGUGUGCAACAUAACUAGCGAAGCUGAAGGUUGAAGAAGCAUAUACUCUUUCUUUUCAAUAGGAAUGUUGUAAGAAUAGCAAAAGGACAUCAUUUAACCUAUAUUUACUAGUGAUUUUCUAGUGGCAAAGACAGACAUUUUGCGCUACCCCAAUAUCCAGAUUCUUGAAAUAAUUACAGUUCUUGUAUUUGGGCUACUCUUAUUUUGGAAAUGGAUUAUUGAUGUGAAUAGGUUAUCAAUUAUCACAGAAAUAUAGUUAAUCAUAUUAAAAUGA